AAAACCCCAAAUCCUCUCAAAUCAUAGCAACGUGUUAUCUAAUUUUUCAUCAACAUUAGUAUUUGUAGUCUUAGCGGUAGGGGUUGAGUCAUGGAUACAGGAGGCAAAGUGAAGAAAGGAGCAGGAGGAAGGAAGGGAGGUGGCCCCAAGAAGAAGCCAGUUUCAAGGUCUGUGAAAGCCGGACUCCAGUUUCCCGUUGGUAGAAUCGGGCGUUACUUAAAGAAAGGUAGAUACUCGCAGCGGGUCGGAACCGGGGCUCCAGUUUACAUGGCUGCUGUGCUUGAGUACCUAGCAGCUGAGGUUCUGGAGUUGGCAGGAAACGCGGCACGUGACAACAAAAAGAACAGAAUUAUUCCAAGGCACGUGCUUUUGGCCGUGAGGAACGAUGAGGAGCUUGGAAAGUUGCUGGCUGGUGUGACCAUAGCUCAUGGUGGUGUGUUGCCGAACAUUAACCCGGUAUUGUUACCAAAGAAGACAGAGAAGGCUGCCAGCAAAGAACCCAAGUCUCCAUCCAAGGCCACCAAGUCCCCCAAGAAGGCUUAGUUAGUUAUAUGAGUAGGUGUAUUUAUUGUUGGUUUAGGACUUUGUUUUGUGAUGGAUGUGUAGGGGGAAAAAAGUGACGGAUUUGAAGUUAGGAUUUUGUUGGUUAUGAAAUGUUGAAUGAAACCACUUGUUUCUGUUAUUUAUCCAUUUCUAGGGUUCGAAUCAUAUAUUAAUUUUCUUGAAGAAAUUUAUGCUUUAGUUUUGUGCAAA